AAUAAAUUCAGCUUUUUUGUGAUUAGGUUCCACUCCCACUCUCUCUCUCUCUCUCUCUGCUCGGCUCCUCUUGCGGCUAGGGUUUUUCUCUCUCUCCAUCCCCCAUCUCUCAAACCCCUAAAAGCAUCGAUCUUUCAGAUCCGUUUCAAUCCAGUAACUCGUAACCAUGUCAUGGAGGUCUCGGUGAGGUAGGGUCUCUCUCUCUCUGUCGUCUCUGACAGUAAAGAAUCUCAGGGGAAUUAGGUUUUCUGUGGUGGGUUUAAUCAGAAAAUGGCGACCAUGAACCCGUUUGAUUUGUUGGGCGACGAUGAUGCCGAGGACCCUUCGCUGCUGGUCGCGGCUCACCAGCAGAAGCUCGCUGCCGCACCCAAGAAAGCUCAGGCUCAGCCCAACAAGCCCGGUCUCGACGCCAAGCCCGCCAAGUUGCCUUCCAAGCCUGCCCCUCCUUCUCAGGCUGUGAGGGAUUCAAAGGAUGAAGCUGGUCGUGGAGGCCGUGGGGGUGGACGCGGAUAUGGCCGUGGCCGUGGCGGUGGUGGCUACAAUCGUGAUUCAGCCAAUAAUGAAAACAACAGUGGGUACAAUCGUGAAUCAGCCCCUGCUGGUCAGGGUGCUUUUGAGGAUGCACCUCCCAAAAGGCGUUUCUCUGGUGGGGAUGGUGAUGGAAGGCCAUCUGAAAGGCGUGGCUAUGGGGGAGAUGGAGAAGGGAGGACGACUGAAAGGCGUAGCUAUGGUGGACCACGCGGUUCUUACCACGGUGGUCGCCGCGGUGGUUUUGGGAAUGGGGAAGUUGGUGAUGAGGAGCGCCCGCGGAGGAUCCAUGAACGUCGUAGUGGGACUGGACGCGGAAAUGAACUCAAGCGUGAAGGUUCUGGUCGUGGAAACUGGGGAUCACAAACUGAUGAAUUUCCUGAGGGGACUGAAGACGGAGUCAAUGCAACUGAAAAAAUUUUGGGCGAAGAAAAGCCUGUGGGAGAGGUAGAUGCAGCAGAUGACAGCAAAGAGACCCCUGCCAAUGAACCUGAAGAAAAGGAACCUGAGGAGAAGGAAAUGACACUUGAAGAGUAUGAGAAGGUGCUUGAAGAGAAAAGGAAGGCCCUGCAGGCACUUAAGACUGAAGAAAGAAAGGUUGAUACUAAGGAAUUUGAAUCACUGCAACAGCUUUCAAACAAGAAAGGGAAUGAUGAUAUCUUCAUUAAAUUGGGAUCUGACAAGGAUAAGAAGAAAGAGUCUGCUGAGAAGGAAGAAAAAGCCAAAAAGUCUGUCAGCAUCAAUGAGUUCUUGAAGCCAGCAGAAGGAGAAAGGUUCUCUUACCCAUCUCGUGGCCGUGGCCGUGGUCGUGGUUCCAGGGGAGGGUUUAGCAGCAACUACUCCCAAAGCAGUGUGGAAGCCCCACCAAUUGAAGAUCCUUCUCACUUCCCAACCUUGGGUGGCAAGUGAGAUUGUGACGGGGACACCUACAGUCUCAAUGACAUUUGGUUCAUUUCUUUCAUCUGAAGCAGGAAAUUGACUAGAAUAAUUGGAUUUCCUGUCUUAAUUUUUUUGUUAGAAAAAUUUAUGACUUAAAUUGUAAAUUUCAGUCGCGGUUCAUAUGUUCCCAUGUAGUUUGAUUUUCUUUUUUUCCCCCUUUAUGCUUGUUUUUAUGACAUUUGGGUCAUAUGGAAGGGACUUAUUUGUGACCAGGCGGACAUCCUUUGAUCAGUUUUAGUUAGACUAGUUUUCUCCUUU